CGCACAGCAUCUCUCGACCUUUCCUCCUGCCAAUCAACUUGAUUGACAUUCCGCUCUCGCGCUCAUGUUUUCGACGUUGCUGAAAUAUUAGCGAAUAUCAACCGUUGUCUCCAAAGACACAUGUAGAAUUCAAGAUGAUUAUUUAGACCGUUAGGUUUGUCUAAAAACAGAAAAGGACGGACUAGACUUCCUCAGUGUGGUAUGGCGCAGCAAGGUGCAAGAAGUUCAGGUUUUGCCUUAUUUUGAACUUUUUUUUUGUUUUGUUAGGAUUUUAUCUAAACGUAGUUAUUUUACUUCCAGGUACUUUUUAAAGUUUAACGGCAUGUAUUGUAUUAAAAGGAUGAGAUAUGAUGGAUAACAGUGUCGAAAGUUGAUUUUUAACGCACCGUAGCUGGAAAUGUUGAAGCGUGGAUCAAGUAGCAAAAGCUACAGUCCUUACGCGACUAGUCAGAGAGUGAAAAAGUCAAGCAGCAAAACUAAAUUGGACAUCUUACCAAACAGACCCAACGUCUGGCUCAAGCAGCUCUCUGCUCUUCAAGAACAGCCUCGGAAAGAUGCAGUCGAUUCUGCCUCUUCGUCCCACACGUCCUCCAGUCAGUCUCCCCCUGUCCUAGACGUCUCGUCUUCCUGUCCAGGUACCCCUUUGGCCCAGCACACCAAGCUGGUGGGCGGGCCUUCCCCAAUGGGCACCCUAAAACGGCCAACUUCCUUGAGUCGCAAUCCAAGUGCAGCGGGCUUCCCGAUCCAGUCUUGGGUCUUCAGUAAGGGUGCGGGAAAAUCCGUCAUCUCCCAGAGUCCCUCGCCGGAGACGCCCGAGACUGCAGUGGCCAUCGAGGUGGAAGACAUCCCAUCAUUGCUACGCAUAGUGGAGCGGUUUGCCAAAGCGGUGGAGAAACUGAAAGAUGUCGUGCUUGAAGACAAACAGGAGAAUAGGCGUCCGCUGGCCCAUGAGUUUUUGGGGGAGGUUCUGCGCAUCUUGCGGCAGGUCAUCAGCAUGUACCCUCUCCUCAACACGGUGGAGACGCUCACCGCUGCCGGCAAACUCAUCUCACAGGUCAAAGGAUACCACUAUGAAGUGUGCAAUGAAGCAGACAAAAAAGAUUUUGAGAAGGCCAUCGAGACCAUCGCUGUAGCCUUUAGCAGCAAUGUGUCUGAGCUGCUGAUGGGAGAGGUGGACAGCAGCACACUGUUGUCGGUCAUGCCCUCGGAGAAGAGCAGGUCUAUGGAGAACCUCUCGGGGCAUGAUUGUUUACACACAAGGAGCGAUUCUUCUGAGCUGGUGAUGAGCGCUGAAGAGGUGGACAUUAUCCUGCAGCGCAGUGAAGGAGGUGUGGACUCGGCUCUGACCUACGCUAAAACCAUCUCCAAAUACAUGAAGGAUCUGAUCGGCUACAUUGAGAGGAAGCUUGCGCUAGAGCUGGAGUUCUCCAAGGGCUUACAAAGGAUCUAUCAGUCUUGUAAACAGACCAUCAUACAGCCACACAUGCCCUUCUUCUCCAUCUACUCUCUGGCUCUGGAGCAGGACCUGGAGCAGGGAGCUGGGAUGCACCAGGCGGCCUCCACCCUGCAGAACCAGACCUUCAUCAUGCCUCUGCUGCUCCGCAAACAAGAGCACGAGAAGAAACGCAAGGAGAUCAAGGAACACUGGCUGAAGGCCAAGAGAAAACUGAUGGAGUGUGAGGCUAACCUGCGCAGGGCUAAGCAGGUCUACAUGACCCGCUGCGAGGAGUACGACAAGGCCAGGACGGCGGCUAACAGGGCCGAGGAGGAGGGCGGCAGCUCCACCACCAAAACAGUAGACAAGAAGAAACGGCUGGAGGAAGAGGCCCGCAACAAGGCUGAGGAGGCCGAGGCCACGUACCGGACGUGUAUCGCAGACGCCACCACACAACACCAGGAGCUGGAGCACAUGAAGGUCACCGUCCUGCGGCAGAUCCAAGAGGUCAUCAAACAGACCGACCAGACCAUCCGCUCGGCCACAAUUUCCUACUACCAGAUCAUGCACAUGCAGACGGUAGCGCUGCCGGUGCACUAUCAGACGCUGUGUGAGAGCAGUAAACUGUACGACCCGGGACAGCAGUACGGCACGCACGUCAAAGACCUCCAGAUGAGCGAAGAGCCCGAGACGCAUUACGAGUUUGAGGCCUACUGUGUCUCCUCUAGCCAGCCGUCAGCCAGAGCUCGUUCUGACAGCGCUAACACUGAAGCUCAUAGCAGUGCUGAAGCCCCGCCCACCGCCGGAGAAACCGGAGACACAAGCGCCUCUCAGAAAGAUGAACCGAAGAGAGCUCGAGGUCACAUGACCCACAAAUCCUGGGGCUCCACAGUGAGCGACACAGACAGUGUGGGAGGAGGAAGCGGCCUGGGAUCCCCGACUACCAGCACUGGUGACAUAAGUAAAAUGGCCCGAACGUCAUCUACAGGAACCAUGUCAUCAAACGAAGACGCAGAUGAGAAGGACUCAAAUGUUACUUCCUUUGAAGCACCAAACAUAAACGGCAUCGAGCCUGAGAUUGUGGUUCCCACCGGGCCGUUCCGAAACGUGGGGCUGUCGAAAGCUGCUCAGACGCACAAACUGCGUAAACUGCGCUCCCCGUCCAAAUGCAGAGAAUGCGACAGCUACGUUUAUUUCCAGGGAGCCGAGUGUGAGGAGUGUUUCCUGGCCUGUCACAAACGCUGCUUGGAGACUUUGGCCAUUCAGUGUGGCCACAAGAAGCUCCAGGGUCGACUUCAGCUGUUCGGGCAGGAUUUCUCGCAGGUGUCCGGCAACAGUCCCGACGGCAUCCCCUUCAUCAUCAAGAAGUGCAUCGGUGAGAUCGAGAGAAGAGCUUUGAGGAUGAAGGGUAUUUAUCGAGUGAAUGGGGUGAAGACGCGGGUGGAGAAGCUGUGUCAGGCGUUUGAGAACGGCAAAGAGCUGGUGGAGCUGUCCCAGUCCUCACCACACGACAUCAGUAACGUACUGAAGCUUUACCUGCGACAGCUUCCAGAGCCCAUCAUGCCCUUCCGUCUGUACAACAGUCUGAUGGGUCUGGCGAAGGAAAGCCUGACUAUAGUGGGUCCAGAGGGAGCAGAGACGGGCAAAGGGCCUGACCUGGUGGACCUCGGCCCUGAGACAGACCCUGAACUCCUGGCCCUCGUGGACAGACUUAAGAAUCUCCUUAAAGAGCUGCCCAAACAAAACACAGCAACUCUCUGCUACAUAGCGCGCCACCUGAGAAGGAUUGCAGAACUGGAAGAUGACAAUAAGAUGAGCCCGAGCAAUCUGGGCAUCGUGUUUGGCCCCUCACUGAUGCGGCCCCGGCCCUCAGGGGCCACGGUGUCCCUGUCGUCUCUGGUGGAUUACCCUUACCAGGCCCGCAUAGUGGAGACCCUCAUUGUGUUUUAUCCCUCCAUUUUCCAUUCGGACUCCAGUCGGCCUGCGUGCAGCAGCACCCCGCGCACACUGUCCCUACAGAAGGAAAGCAGUAUUGAUGAAGAACACUGUUCAAACGACGAACAAGGAGGCACAGAUGAACCCGGCGCUGUAGAGUCAGACAAAUUAGAGGGCCAUGAGAGUUCAACAGGAACCCCUGGUUCUCUGGAACACAGUCUGGACUCAGACUCUGAUGCAGACGAGGAACGGGGCAGAGGUGAACUUCAGCCCCCUAGUCCUACAGAGCAGGCACUCGACUCUCCCACCGAAACACAAAUGAAGCUGCCCGUCCUCCUGGUGACCCUGCAGUGUCCCUCCAGCUCAAACAAGAGCGACCCGCCUGCCAUCCCCGAGAGCGAGCCGCCAGAGUUAGACGACGCAGAAGCAACGAGCUCGCUGGCAGCGUUAAACAUCAAUCAAGAGUAACAACACCAAAACACGCACUCUUUGAGUUCACACAAGCCACACGGGUCCGUCUGUGACAUUCCAAUAUAUAUUUGAAAGAUGCUUUUAAUAUUUAAAAUACUUUGGCUUGGAAUCCCGCAAAAAAACGUACAGAUUUUAAAAAUGUUUUUAGCUUUAUUUUACAAACACAGUGGUACGCUUCUGGUCUCAUGUAUUGUAUCUUAUGAGAUUGCACCUUGAAAAUCUGUUGUUAAAUGUUAUGUUUGUGCUUGUCUUUUAAUAAUAAAAAAAUGAGUGAUUUUAAAA